ACAUCUCAUGGCUAGUACGCAAAAAAAAGGCACAAAUCCUGCUUUUGUUGGAACUGCUUCUAUGAAUGCUGAAACCAUUUCAUCUACUGUAAAUUCGAAAUUGACUGCCGUCAAACUCUCAAGUAGCUUUGCACAAAAGUCUAUUAAUGCUGGUCUUGCAGACUCAAAGUCCGCUCCAUUUGUAGCCAGCACAACAACUACAGCUUUACUCGGUAAUGAAGAGUAUCAGAGCCAUGCCUUGCAAAAUUUAAAUAUUGGAGCAGUCUCUACUGCUGGUACUGGACAGGAAGCCUCGAUAUCGGAAUCUCUCGUGAUGACCAUUAGAGUUGUUAAUGGUGUAAACAUUCGUGGUGCAAAAGGAGAGCAUGUCAAUUCAUUUAUUCGUACUCAGUUUGCUGAUUUUGAUUACAAAGAUACUGCAACAAUUGUGGACAAUGGCAAUCCGGACUACAAUUUAUCCUAUGAACAUGUUUUUAAUGUAGACGAGACUCUUAUUGAGACAUUUGCAAACAAGUUGAUCACGCUGACAUUGAUUGAAUCGCUUCCUAAAGAAAAAACUGCGCUUCUUGGAAGCGCUGAAGUAUCACUUUACAAACCAUUUUUACAAUACUACGACCGCAACAUAGAAAAUGACGGAGUAAUUCCCGAAGCCCCAUUACAAUUCAGAAAAACAGUUCAAAUCGAUUAUCUUAAUCCAAAACUGCUAUUAACAUCACCAGAAGCUUCCAAACUUGUUUCAGAGUGCACAAUAGAAAUCUCUCUUUCUAGACCCCUACUUACUUCUUAUGAUAUCUCUCAUGGCAACUUUGUAAAACUACGCAUUGAUGAUGUAUAUCCUAUUCCAGACGAAUGGACCACCAAGGAAGGCUCUGAAAAAGAUCUCAACUCAAGCAAUAUAAUGCUAGAUGUGUUUUCGUACACCAUCAAUCUAACUCUUCCAAGCGACCAAUCAAAAGAGCGUGUCAUUUCAAUUUCAAACGGUUCAUUGGUUUUAUGCGAAGCUCCAGUAGUUUCUGAUACAAAUCAAAUUACAGUAGAGUAUUUGAUCCCAGAAUUUAAUAUUUCAUUUUUUGUAGAUCCAAUUGCAAAUGUUCCGCGAACUGUCACGCUGGCAGACAUUCGAAAAGAACAUACAGCCCAAGCUACAUUGGCGUCUGCAGCAGGGGUUUCUUCUUCCCAGCCGCUUGAAGAGGCUGACAGUGAUCCAGUAGAAAUCAAAGAAACAAAACGCGUGUUUUGGGGACAAUCGUCGAUUGUAUAUCUAAGUCCUACUGUUCUUGAACAGAUUAGAAAACAGGCUACGGAUAAAAAGCCGUUGGAAAUAGAGUUUAUUCGCACACCCAUGACAAAGUUUACGUCUGUUACAGAUACUCUUGCUAGCAAGUACCGGGGUCGUUUUCCAUUGGAUGUUGUGGAUACCAGUGAUUCUUCUGCUCAAGCCGCUUCUUUCAACGAAAUUCCAGCUCAGUUCAAGGGAAACAAAAAAUUGGAUCAAAAUAACGUAUAUCGCAACAUUGGUUCUGCAGUAUCUAUGGAAUUCAUGCUAUCCAAACCGCUGAUUGAUAAAAAGAAAUUGCAAGCAAGUACCAAGUCGGUAAGCGAUUUCAUUCCCAAGCGAUACAUUCCAGAAGAUCUGCAAUUCAAAAAGCGGUCAAACCAGGCAGAUGAAGAUUACCGCACAAAAAUCAACGAGAUUGUGCACAAGUUAGUGGACAAGUACCGAGACACAUUGCAAAAAGAGGUUGAGCUGCAAAGUGAAGAAAUGAAUGAUCAUGAGUCGAGAUCUGCAGAAAGUCAGCAGCAACGGAAAAAACUCUUCAUGUAUCAUUUAAACAAAAGUGGUGCAUAUUUUAGUUUAAAAGAGCAAUUAAAAGCAUCGGUUGUUCAGGUUAUCCGGGAGCGCUUCCUUCAAAAAUCUCCCUUUUUAUCAGUAGCUGAGCAGCAAUUGUUUAUGAGUAAUGUUUACGUGUAUCUGAUUGACCAAAUGCACGUUGCUAUCAAUCAGAUUUUUUCAAAAAGAGAACCCAAAUUUGUGGAUCCCGCUAUGGACCGACUUGCUGAUUUCCAUUCAUUGAAAGAAUUUGCAGACGUGGCAGAGUUUAAUGGAAAAUAUUCUAUUUCUGCAAGAUAUCAUCUUGAACGUGUUGCAAAAUACGAAGAUACAAUUUCAGCAUGGUUCGACUAUGGAUGUUUUAUGAUGAGAACCAAUUCGCUAGAAAAAGGCGAAGCAUGUUUCAAAGAAAUUCUGUCUCGAAACUCAAAGUAUGUUCCAGCACUUCUCGUUUAUGGUGCAAUUUGCUGUGCCCAUGAAAAACUUGACGAGGCACAUGUGUAUAUGACAAGCGCGGUCAAGCUAGAGCCAAAGUGCAUUCUCAGCAAUGUUUUUAUGGGGAUUCUUCUUGAUAUUUUGGGCGACGAUGCCGAAUCUGAAAAAUAUAUUGCCGAGGCUAAACUCUUGCAUGGCUUGCAGCAUGAAUCAGUUGAGGACGGACCAACACCAUAUUUAGAAGCUGCAAUAUUUGCUACAUCGGUUCAUUUGGGAGAUUUUUCUGAUCGAGCGUUAUCCCAGGAGCUGCUUCUCCGCGGCGCAACAGUCAAACCUUAUCUUUUAUUAAGCCAGCUAAAGAUUCAGUCUGGCCAUUACGAUAAGGCACUUGAGCAUCUCAAAGAGGCACUUGCACUAGAUAGUAACAAUGUUACUGUAUGGACAGAACUAGAUGAAAAAAAGAUGGCUCCAAUCUAUAUCCGACUUGGAACCAUCUAUCUACAUAAUGCAUAUCUAGAAGUGCCUGUUGCAUCUGAAUAUCCGGAUGCUUUGACCAACCACCUUCAGUUCCUAAAGCAUCGCGAAGAAUGUGUGGAUGUAAGUUUGGCAUCGAUUGCCAAGAAUAUGUUUUUAAAGGCAUGUAGUACCACUCCAUCAAGCCAGAGCUGGCACGGAGCUGGAAAAGCGUGCUUUGCUCUUAAGGAGUACCAGGAAACCGAAGACGCUUUUGCUGUAAGUGAAAAUGUGGUUGAUGUUGGAGUACUGGGAAAAGUCGAAGCAAAUGUUUUGAACAAUCGCGACAGCGAGGUGUGGGCCAAUAUCGCACUGCUAUCACUUACAUUAGGUCGUAUAACUGAAGCACAUCAGGCAAUUACACAAGCUCUUUAUCUUGGAAUCAAGGACGCCGAUAUUCUCAAGGCAGUCGGGGUUGCCUUUUUGCGAGAAAAGCAAGCAAUGGCUGCAGUUGAAUGUCUACGUAUGGCUUUGGAAGGAAAUCCCGAGGAUAUGGGUACACGCGAAUUAUUUCUGCAGGCGAUGGGAGAGAGCAGUAAAGCAUACUUUACAACUGCAAAGGACAGUAAUGCUAUUGAUAUUUCCAAAUCAGUAUAUAAUUUGGAUACCGAAAAUUGCGAUUAUCGCACUAUUCCGAGAAAAGACAGUAUAGGAAUAGUGCAUAAUGCAUGCAUCAUUUGAUGCCAAACCCAAACCCAAAACAAUAGUCGCUUUUAAAAAUAAAGUGAGAGUCGAUAC